AUGGCCGAGGAACAGCAACAGUCCUCAUCCAUUAAGCCUACAAUGCAGCGACUCCUCACCAAGCAGGACGAUCUGGCUGCGUUUCUGGACACCUGCACGAAAAACAUCGAAUCGACGAGAAGUCCAGCCGCCAGCUACCUGCACUCUCAGAUCGAAGAACUCAACGCAACGUGGAACAACUUCAAAAUCAACCAUGCCAAGGUACUGGAAGACCCACAUGCGGCGUCCCUCGCGUAUGUGAAGGAAGAUCUGCGUUCGUCGGAAGGCAUCGCCACAAAACAGUGGCUCUCAUCGGAGCGGCGUCUCAAUCGGUCUCAGAAAACCGCUGCAGAAUACACCAAGUUUCUGCAGGAAUACCUGACGCUCAACCACAUGGAGUCAGUACCAGCACGCGAAUCCAGCCAAGCUGCGAACGCGUAUUAUUUACCGCAUCACGCUGUCAUCCGCGACGCAAGCCUGACGACAAAACUUCGUGUCGUCUUCAACGCUUCCCAAAAGACAAAUUCCGGACGCUCGCUUAACGAUUGCUUGCUUACAGGCGGCAAGCUGCAAAGGGACCUACCAGCAAUUGUAAUGAACUGGAGAAAUCAGCAAUUUGCCUUCACAGCUGACAUUGAAAAAAUGUAUCGGCAGAUUCGUGUCCAUCCGGAAGACACCGAUCUGCAGAGAAUCGUGUGGCGAUCAACCCCGCAACAUCCUCUGACAUCAUAUCGGCUGCUCACAGUCACCUACGGAACAGCUUGCGCGCCUUACCUGGCCAUACGGGUGCUACAUCAGCUGGCCUCCGAUGAGCAAGCCAACUUCCCGCAGGGCGCAGCCGCCCUGCUAAAUCACUUCUACGUGGACGACGUACUGUCGGGAGCUGAUAGUCUCGAGUCCGCAAGAGCGAUUCAACAGCAACUGAUCGCCAUCUUGAAAUCUGGGGGAUUUCACCUCCGAAAAUGGGUGUCCAAUCACCCAGCUCUUCUCGAACAGGUUCCGGUGGAAGAAAGAUUGCAGACCUCGCUUCGCUCGCUGCAGCCAGAUCAAGAAAUUCGCACUCUCGGAAUCGGAUGGAACCCUGUUAACGAUACUUUCCAGUUCCAGAUCACUCAAAAUCCGAUCGACGAACACCCUACGAAGCGGACGAUCCUGUCAGCCAUUGCCCGACUCUUCGACCCGCUUGGGUGGCUGGCACCGGUCAUCAUCAAGGCCAAGAUUCUACUUCAGAGGCUGUGGCUAGCACAA